AUGACAAAUCCAAUCAGAGAACUUCAAGAAUUUCGCAGUAAUGUUUGUUCGCCAUUGCCGUAUCAUAGAAUAAUAAUAAUACCGACCAUUUUAAAUUAUUACCGGCUGAAUAGGACACACACGCACACACAAAGACAUCAUCCCGAAAAUAGUCAAAACGGAUUCAGGGGACCCCAAAACAUAAAAAUCCGUCGAAAACUCGAGGGAGCUAAUAUAAUGUGUGAUUCUGAGGUAUCUGAUGAAUUUGAUUUGGAAAAAAGCGGACCAUCUACGCCGAAAAGGAAACGGGCAAUAAGGAGUGAACUUGCCAGAGAUGAAAAGAAAAGUCGAAAACAGCUUUUUUCCAUAAAGUGGAUGGAAGAAGAAAUAUUUAAGAGUUGGCUGCAAACCACUGAAGAUCCAGGUAAAGCUAAAUGUAAAGCCUGUCAGCUGAUUUUAGGCGCCAAAAGAAGUGAUUUGUUAAACCACGGAAAAAGUCAGAGACACCUUAAAAAUAUAAAAACUGUACAGGGGACUAGACCAAUUACUGAAAUAUUCCAGUCUGCUAAACAAGAUCAAAACCAAAUUAUAGCUGACAUUAGAUUUAGUUUGUUAGUGGCUCCACAUAAUUUUAGUUUUAGUUCUAUUGAUCAUUUAACGGAAACUUAUGACAGUACAGACAUAAGCAAUACACGGUUAAUGUGUAUUUUAGUUAGGUAUAUAUACGAAAAAAAAAAAGAUAAAUGCGAAUUAUUAGAAUUAAUUCCCAUAAAAUCUGAUGAAGGGACAGCAAAAGGGCUCUAUUCUCUUUUUAAAAAAUGUCUGGAUAGUUUUAAUCUAAAUGUAAACAAUAUUGUUGGUUAUUGCUCUGAUAAUGCCAGUGUAAUGAUGGGGAAUAAAGAAUCAUUCAAGACAUACCCUUUAAACGAAAAUCCACAAAUUGUCGAAGAAUUACUUGCUGGCGAGGAAGUUGCAACGUGUCCAAGCUGUUCUUUAAUUGUUAAAAUUAUUUUUGAUUUAGAAACCUUUAAGAAAGAACACGGAGAAAUUAAAAGAAGAGGAGGACGAGGUGGUAGAGGUGGAGUUUCGAAAAGUUUGAAUAGAGAUCAAUUGAUAUCUCUGGGGGUUGGAACUAAAGAACUUAUACCUGGGCCCGUUUUACAGCCUCCUAUGUUAUACCCGAUUUUAGAAAAAAGACCUGUACCACUAAACGUAAAUAUGUGUAUUAUUAAUAAUAAUAAUAAAAUUGAGAAUAGUUAUUUGUUACAUGUUUCAAAAGCAACUUCAUCAAGUAAUGCAUUUGAUUUAUUUUGA